AUGGAGGGUAAAACAACCCAAAGUGAAAAUGAUACCAACAGUGUCAAAAGGUCGAAUGUCAUAGACACUCUGUAUACUCUAACGAAUCAAAGCAAAAAAGAUGACGGUUCCGACGUGAUGGAAAACAUGACAAACUCCAUGGUGUCCUUAUUAGUGGUAGCUCUUUCUGAUAUUCCGUACAACCUGGAUCUCGAAGAUGCCCUGGAUUCGAUUCAAUCCCAGACAGAACAAAUCCAUAUGGACAAAGGCUCCUCAAAGUCGGAUUCCAAAAAAAUACUCCGUAGGAUUGUAGCCGCCUUGGAAGAAAACUUGGGUGCAGCACCGGAAUCGAAAGGCCCUCUUGUCGAUGGCCUACCAGCACUUCUCAGAUCAGAAACUAAAUCCUCUCGAAAAGCUCACAAAACCCUGACUCACAACAUAACCAAUGUUGGAAAGCUCAGCCGCGCCCAGGAUUUGCCUGAAGACACUUGGCGAAAGUUUGAUGAACUCCGCGAAAAGUACCCCGAGUCGCAAAAAGCUAUGGAUGGCAUGGCGAAAAUCUUCAUCGGCUUGAUUGGCACCGACGUUGAGUACUACUAUCGAGUUCAGGAAUUCGUCAAGGAAAUUGAUAAACGCCGGGAAAUAGAGGAAGAGAAGAGAAAAGUCGCUGCGGAGAGGUUCAAGAAUUACAUGUCUGAUCUGAGAAGAUGGAUAAACGAUUACAAGGAAGCAACAGGGAAUUAUGAGAAGGUCAACGCGAGACUCGAGCUUGAAAAUGCCGAACUUAAAGAUGAAAAGUCGGUCUUGAAACAACAGCACCUGAAGGAUAUAGAAGCCAAAAACAUGAUCAUUGCGAAACACGAGCAGACGAUCAACGAUGUCGGGAAAGAAAAGCUUCGAAUAAUUGAAAGCCACGCAGAGGAGAUCGCGAGAAUUUCCAAAAACUUUGACGCUAUGAAGGAUAUCUGCAAGAAACGUAAGCAGUCACUUGCUACAGCGGAAAAAGACAACAAGCAUCUCGAGGAAAAGAUUCUUACUCUGCAAUCACAGCUGGAUCAGGAUCCUCAAGUACAAACAGAUGACAAGCUAAAGAAAGAGCUGGAAGAAUUGAAAGCCGAGUGCAACGUACUCCGAUCACAUUCGAAGACUAGCAAGGACAUGGAGAAGAAAAUCAGCGAUAUCGCUGCCGCGAAGGCUGUUAUCGAACCGAACAAGAAGAUCGCGGAACUCGAGAAUAAGCUUGAGAUUCUUGAGCAGGGACGGUUGGCGGAUCAUGAAGUGAUGGUAAAGUACUCGCAGGAUAUUGAUGAGCUUAAGAGCGAAAAGAGCUCUUUCGAGGAGAGCCAGAAGAGUUUAAAUGAUGAGAAUGUGGAGUUGAAGGCGAAGCUUGAGAUUCUUGAGCAGGGAAGAUUAGCUGAUCACGAUAUGAUGGUUAAAUACUCGAGGGAUAUUGAUGAGCUAAAGGGUGAAAAGAGUUCCUCGGAGGAGCACAGGAAGAGGUUGCAAGAUGAGGUUGUUGAGUUGAACGCGAAGCUCGAUAUGUAUCGAACAUUGAUUAAUAUAAGGCGAUGA